CAAAAAAUCCUCUUCAGCCUAAUCAAAAACCCCUUUUCGGCCUAAUCAAAAACCGUGGCCUCACUAUCACUAGGCGAGUAACAGAUUAUACUCGAUCCAUAUAGUAUUUUAUCUAUCUCUGAAACUUGCUUUUGUUCCGACGAUGUAGAUUGCCGACGUUUUAUCGAAUUUUUGCCCCAAAUUUAACUGUGAAACUUUCAAAGCUCAGUAUUUUUUGCGAUUUGCUUGCAAAAAUCGUUCAGAAAGCUUGGAACAGAGUACUGUGAUUAAGGUUUGGGCAUGGGAGAGAGAAUUACUGUCCUCAGGCCCCAGAUAGUAGCACAAAGGGACACAAAUGUUGGUUUACCUAGGGGUCCACGAGCUACUAAAUGGUUUGAACAUUUUAGUUGGACGAACACUACCAAACAUGUGUUGAAAGUUUUUAGGGAUGCACUUGAUUCCAUGACAGAGGAUCAGUUUAUUUGGGAACCAUAUUCUGAUCAAUUAAUUGAGAGCCUUCCCGAUUAUUGUCCUGUUGGACGAAAUAUAUGGCGUGCUAGAGUCACAAUCUUUUGUUGGGAUGUGGUCGAGGUUCACUUGCCUGAUCGAGUUAUGAGGCAAUUUGGAAUGAUACGGGAGAUACCAUCUCCGUUUCCAUUUGAUCCCACACAUUUUAACCACAAUCGUCGGGGUAGGCCGAAUACAAAUUGGGAAUUGGAGCAUGCACAAUGGUUGCCAUUUUGGCACCAACGACUUCAAUAUGUUUUUAAUGCGCCUGUCAAUCAUGAACCACUUCGGUACAAUGACCCCUACUUUGUUUGGUUCAGACGCAUUACUCGUCUUGUUAUUGGUAAUCCUACUUCGCGUCCUCAGCGGCAACAAGGUUAUGUGCCUAAUGCAACAGCAUAUGAAGCAAUGAUAAGCGGUGCAUGUUUAUUUUGGUUCAAUAGUCCCACAUGUUUCUUGUAUAUGCAAUGUGAAAACUAUAUCAGAUAAUCAGUUCUACACUAGUUGCAGAAUAUUAAUCACUUCCUUUGUCUUUGUUGUUUCGGAUAAAACCUCUCAUUUAUAACGUGGCGGUCCUUUUAGAAUCUACCAAAUUAACUGAUAUAAAUUAAUUUAGUGGUUCUUAACUUUAGUUUCAGAUGUACAAUCCGAUAGAUGGUACAUUACAACUUAGUUACAGGUUCUUUCCAUAUCAUAAAUGAUUUCUAGAUCAGAGUCUAAAAUUCUUCUCCAUUUUUUUAUAUUUUACUCUUAACAUGUUAUCAGCUCUUAUUUAUUUUUUAGAGCAUGUGUUUACUGCCUUUGUUUGCAUUCUUAAGAUUUUUUUUUUUUUUUUUUGGCACUCUUAAUAUGGUUUGGUUUCAAAGACUCUACAUAAUUCAAAUAUACAAUAUUCUGCAUAAUUCAAAUAUACAAGCGGCUUCAGGUAGAUUAAUCUAACUUCUUCAUCUAUUAUUUCUUGUUCCCCCUAGAAACCAUAGCUAUGCCAAUUGCUAUUUCCUAUAUGCAUGCAACUGCUACUCCCCCUACCUAAUUUAUAGUUAUGGAGCUUAAGAAUAAAAUGUUCAAAUUGAUUCUUAUGUUGAGAUUUGUGCAGGGGAAUUUUCAUGAGGUAUUGAUAUGCUUCAACAUUUUCUUCCUUAAUUUCCCACAUCAUGGCUUCGAACUUUCUCACUUAAUGGGCUAUAGUAGCCCUCCACAUCAGAUUACUGAGGUCCUUGUUUGGAAAUUGAGAUUGAAAGUUGCUCUUAAGAUGUCUUAGGCAAAAUCGAUGGAAGGACCGAGGCUCUUGAAAUCACCGCAACUCCGACAAACUAGUCAAGAUUCCUUUUUCCUAUCAGAGAUCACACAUAUAUCUUCUCUAUCCUUUAUCACAUGUGCGCACAGAUUCCU